AUGUAAAGGGAUAUAAUAUUAAUAAUAAAUUAGGUUAAUGAUUAUUAGGAUAGGCUAAAUAGAAUAAUGAGGAUAAUUUAAAAAAAUAAUAUUGGGAAAGAACAGGUAUUAGCAAUAUCAAUUAGUAGAAAUACAUUAUUGGACCUUCUUUCAUACCAAUGUAUAAAGUGAAACCUUCAAUUCAUUAUAUUAAUUGAAGUAGACUUGCUUUAGCCUGCAGAAACUCUAUUUAAUAAUUGGAAAGGUAGAGAGUAUCAUAAUGAAAAUAAAAUAUUAUUCAAAAGAGAGGCUUCGAUGAAUCAAGGUUAAAGAAGAUUAUUUGAAUGAAUAGACCUGCAAAUUAUGCUUAAUUAUUUUUAUUAAAAAGCG